CCGACGCGGUUCAAACUCAGUUCAAUUUUUUUCAUAUAGUUUCGAGAUAGGAUGAACCGAGUUUAAACUCAGAUUAACGUUGAAGAAAACGGGCAUUAUUUUAUUAGACAGUAGGGUUAAUACCCCACGCUAUUACGUUAAAGAUUGUUAAUGUGUGAGAAAUGACAAUAGGAUUGUGACAACACGAACCGGUAGCUGCAAACAGUUUUUCAUUGUUUAAUCUUUGGCCAAAAACUAGAGUGUAAUCAAAAUGCCAGACAUCAAAGUGACACCUCUGGGUGCUGGACAAGAUGUUGGGAGAAGUUGUAUUCUUGUGUCUAUGGGUGGCAAAAAUAUAAUGCUCGAUUGUGGUAUGCAUAUGGGUUUCAAUGAUGAGAGAAGAUUUCCAGACUUUUCGUACAUAGUUGCGGAAGGUCCAGUGACAAAUCACAUAGAUUGCGUCAUUAUUUCACACUUUCAUUUGGAUCAUUGUGGUGCAUUACCUUAUUUUACAGAAAUGAUUGGCUAUACUGGUCCGAUCUACAUGACUCAUCCUACGAAAGCUAUAGCGCCAAUACUUUUAGAAGACAUGAGAAAGGUGGCCGUUGAGCGAAAGGGCGAGAGUAAUUUUUUCACCUCUCAAAUGAUCAAAGAUUGUAUGAAAAAAGUGGUAGCUGUAACUUUACAUCAAUCAGUAAUGGUAGAUUCAGAGCUUGAGAUAAAAGCUUAUUAUGCUGGUCAUGUGCUCGGGGCAGCAAUGUUCUGGGUCCGUGUUGGCUCUCAAUCUAUCGUUUAUACGGGUGAUUAUAACAUGACUCCUGAUCGACAUUUGGGAGCCGCGUGGAUUGACAAAUGCCGUCCAGACUUGCUCAUCUCGGAGUCGACUUAUGCUACGACGAUACGAGAUUCGAAACGAUGUCGUGAGCGUGAUUUCUUAAAAAAGGUACACGAAUGCAUCGAUCACGGUGGAAAGGUUUUGAUUCCGGUAUUCGCUCUUGGAAGGGCUCAAGAGUUGUGUAUAUUAUUGGAGACUUACUGGGAAAGAAUGAAUCUCAAAGCUCCUGUUUACUUCGCUCUGGGGUUAACAGAAAAAGCUAAUAAUUAUUAUAAGAUGUUUAUAACGUGGACGAAUCAGAAAAUAAAAAAGACGUUCGUGCAGCGCAACAUGUUCGAUUUCAAGCACAUAAAACCGUUUGACAAGGCUUACAUCGAUAAUCCAGGUUCGAUGGUGGUUUUCGCGACACCAGGAAUGCUGCACGCUGGAUUGUCACUGCAAAUAUUCAAAAAAUGGGCACCAAACGAAUCCAAUAUGGUUAUAAUGCCAGGAUUCUGUGUUCAGGGUACCGUCGGUCACAAAGUCCUUGGCGGUGCCAAAAGAAUCGAAUUUGAAAACCGGCAAAUCGUUGAAGUUAAAAUGGCCGUUGAAUACAUGUCUUUCUCGGCUCACGCAGACGCAAAAGGUAUCAUGCAGCUGAUACAGUACUGCGAGCCCAAAAACGUAAUGCUCGUCCACGGGGAAUUCGCUAAAAUGGAAUUUCUUAAAGAAAAAAUCAAACAAGAAUUUGGCAUCAACUGCUACAAUCCCGCGAAUGGCGAAACUUGCGUCAUUACAACUACCUCCAAAGUUCCAGUCGAUGCUUCCUUAGCGCUACUCAAAGCAGAAGCCAAAAGGUAUUCGGCUCUUCCACCUGAUCCGAAACGACGAAGACUUCUUCACAGUGUUCUGAUGCUCAAGGAAGAUUGGGCCUGUCUCGUAGACUCCGACGAGGUGGUCAAGGCAGCCGGCAUUUCGAAACACGUCGUGCGUUUCACAUCCACUGUUCAAGUGAGGGAUCCCGGACCGGCCCAAUCAACGACUCUCAAACUUUUACAACCUUUGAAAGAAAGACUGACCGGUUGGACGGUCCAAUUGACCGACGGCUCAAUCUCAGUCGAAUCGGUCCUCGUAAAGGUUGAAGGUGACGAAGACGACAAAAAAAGUGUCUACGUCUCAUGGACAAAUCAAGACGAGGAUUUGGGCAGUUAUAUUCUCGGUUUUCUACAAACUAUGCUAAGUUAAAUCGUACUUGAUGUUCACUCAGAUCGGAUAUACACCAAACUCAUACGUCCCUCUGUGAUAAUCAUUGUAAAUACACAACAGUUCUAUAAACUUAAUUGUCAAAUGAAUAUUUUCACGUUUACGUAAAUGUUCGAGAUCAUCUUUCACAAAUCGAAUGACCUUGAAAAUUGAAGUGGAAUUUAAACAUGUAUUUUUACAUACUUUUUCAUUGAAAUUGUAAGAAAAAAAUGCAAAAACCUCAGUUUCCAACUCUCGAAUAAAUGAAUUAUAUGAAAA